AUGUUACUACUAUGUAUUUCAUCAGUUUUUGCAUUUCAGAAUCAUAUUGCAUUGGUCGAUAAUAUUUUUUAUUCAAAAAACUAUGAAUCAUGUUCAGAUCAUUCAUUAAUUGAAAUUUCAUAUUUUUCAGGAAAAUAUCAUCAUAGAGAACGAUUAAUGGAAUUCGAAAUGUCAGGGAAAAGUUCUGUAAAUGAUAAGAUAAUGAGUAUACUUAAUUUUUAUCCAAAAGUUAAGCUUAAAAAAACAGUAACAUUUUUGUUUACAGUGCAUGAAAAAAUACAUAUAAAUCAAACUUAUGACCCAUGUGUUAUUAAAAUUCCGGGACUAUGUUCUAUAUCUUCAACACCAUAUUUUUUAACCAAAGGAGUAUUACCUCUUUCAGCUGAAAAAACAAAUGUUUCAGAGUUUUUUUUCAAUAUUCCAGAUUUUGAAGGAAAAGUGUAUUUCUACUUUCAUUCGACAGUGACAGGGGAAGAAAUAGGUUGUUUAAAAACAAGUAUUGUAAAUAAGCAAUCAUUUCGCAAUAAUAUUAUAACGUGGAUAUGUCUUGGAUUUUUCGGACUAUCUGCUUUCAUUUCUUUUAUGGCAUUUUCUUCACAAUCUAGCUUUUCAUAUGCUUUACUAGCAGCUUCUCAUUCUAUUCCUGGACUAUUAGCAUUUUGGAGCUAUUUUCAAUUUCUAGCGAGCAUCACAAUGGAAAAUGUAAUAUAUCCAACUUCUUUAAUAGCAUGGGCUUCCAAUUUUUCAUUUUCUCUUGGUCUUAUUAAAUUUUUUCAAGAACUUAUAUAUCUCUUUAAUAAAUUUUCAGAAAAGCAUAUACAUCUCACUUUAGGAAAUGUUAAAGAAAAACAAAAUAACAAUAAAUUUGUAUUAUCAAACUCUUAUCAAGGUAUUCAAGGACAACUUAAUUAUUUAAAAAUAGCUAACACUAAUGCGUUUAUAACAUCAAUUACUUGUUUUGUUUCAGCCGUUUUAGGGUUUCUUGUCAUUUCUACAAUUGCAUGUCUUAUUACAAGGAUUAUUAGACGAAAUGAAAUUUUUAUUCGAAGAAACUGGAUAAAUUUUAAUCUUUGGUCAAUUUUAAGAUUGCUUGUUAUCAAUAUUUUUGGAAUAUCAUUUAUUUCUAUUUAUCAACUAGCACUACAUGAUACUUAUCAGCCUAAAAUACUCUCUACACUUUCACUACUCGUAUUUGUGGUACCAAUAUUAAUUCUAAGCUCGUUGCAUUUCUUUCGCAGUCAUUUCAGAAAAUUAGAUUCAGAAAUGACUGCUAAAUACUGGGGAUGGCUUAUUGUUGAAUAUAAUUCUAAGAGACAACAUUUUUAUCUUGUUUUUUUCAUUUAUUCCCUAUGUAAAGCAUUUCUUUUAGGACUUUUCAACUUCCCAUCUAAAGCACAAACAAUUUCACUUUCUGCAGUCGAAUUAUUGUAUUUGUUAAGCAUAUUAAUAUUAUUUCCUUUCGAAUCUAUUAGAGCUUAUACUCUUGAAUUACUUCUUGGAGCAAUUAAAACAUCAUGUUUAGGAAUCAUUAUCACAUUUUCCUUUAAUAUAUCGGAAUUAUCACGAGCAUUAUUAGGCAUGACAAUUAUAAUGAUAUCUACUAUAGGUUUAUUGACUUUAUUCAUUUUUACUCUAUGGAAUUUUAUUAUUGUUUUUCUUCUAGCUACUUAUAAAGAUCAUAUUAAUUAUGAUUCUUUUGAAACAAACACCUUGUCUGAUAGAAUUCACAAUUAUAAACAAAAAAUCUUUAAACAUAAGAAAUUUGGAAAAGUUUUCGGUUAUGAUCAAUAUCUUUAUCCACAAAAGAAAUAUUAUACAUAUUCUUCACAAAGUUCCGACUCUACUCUUCAUAACUCUGAAAAAUACUAUAUUAAACAAUAUCCCAAAUAA